AAAAAUCCCGUUGCGAAAUCAAGCACGUAUGUUGUCAUUUUCGCAACGACCCGUUGUUAUAUUUUUCAACAACGGCUGUUGGUGAAUUGUGCACGAACGUGCUCAAAUUGACACCGAGACGUGGUCAACUUUCGGUACCAACAACAGCCGUGCUUAAUUUGUCCAUUUGUAAUAUUGGUAAUUGCAGCCGAUUACACACGAGUAAAAAAUGACAACGGUGGUGCAUGAUUCACACACGGUCGUUGUCAAUAUGACACCGGUCGUGUAUGAAUUAUGCACCACCACCUGCAUAAUGAUGCACCACCGUUGUUACUUUGUACACCGACGUGCAUGAAUCGUACACGAUCGUUGCCAUUUUAGCAACUACCGUGUAUGAAUCAUGCACCACCGUUGUCAUUUUUUUUACUCGUGUGCAAUCGGCUGCAUAUUUACCAUUUUUUCCGUGUUAUUGAAAGAGAAAGGACGCAUUGUGCAAAAAAUUUAUUGAAAAUGAAUAAUAAUUCGCAAGAUCCUCAAAAUAUCAUUGGUGAGUUGUUAGAAAUCGAUGGCAAUAUUGUUGUGGUUCGCGAUACAAACCAUUGCAGCAGUCAAGAUGCGGAAAACAAUGAGGACGAUUAUAUGUUAAGGGAGUUCUUAAAAGGAAUAAAUAUGGAGUCGCUUUUUAAACAAUUAAAAGGUAAGUAAAUAAAAAUGAAUUUUUCAGUUAAUCAGUGUAAUUAACAAAGAAUUUUCUUUUUUGUUCUUUUAGCAUCACAUGUAACAUUUCGCAGUUUGCAGUACUUGAAAAAAGAAGAUUUAAAGGAAGCAGUGCCACCAUUGGGACUGCGAGUUGAAUUCAGAGAAAAGCUCUUUGCUUGGAAAAAACGAAAGCUCGGGAUUGAUGACGAAACUAUGUCAGUUCCAUCUAAAAUAGGUGAAUGGUGGAAACGCAACGAGACACCUGCAAGUACUCCUGGUACUCCCGACACUACAGGUUCGAACUGCUCAAAAGCCAAAGGAAUUUUGUCAGAGGAUCUAACGGAAUUGUUAACACAUACCUCGAAGGGGAAACUAGCGCUUGAAUGUAGUAGCGUUAAUAAGAAAUUAAGUGACGAGCAAAGAGAUGAUAUAAUUAAUAUAAUUAUUGAAGAUAUUUUAACCAACAAUGUUACUCUUUACACUCAAGACUAUAUGCGCAUAUUGGAUGAAAUUUGUUCCGUUUUUCCUCUUGAAAACGAAAUGAGGGAUUAUUAUUACAUUUCAAGAAAAGGAAAGAACAACGCAAGCGGAAAACUUUAUGCCAAGUAUAGAAACAAGAAGUCCAAAAGAAUAAAGCUUUUGAUUUCCGAGCCUAGCACAAGCAAAGCAGCAACUCACACAUCUCCUAAUUUUUGUAACAAAGAUGUUCCCGAAAUUGAUGAAUCAGUUGAAAAUUCAUUGAAAGCUUCCUUACUAAGAGAAUGUAAUGAUUGGGGAUCGAUCUGCGAAAAAUGGAAAAGAUCUUUUAACAUACGGCAAAGAGAUAUAAAAAAUUUAAGUAGCCAUACAUUUCUCCUUGAAUGGACGAAGUUGUCCGAUGCAAGAGCUUCAGAAUUGGUAAGUAGCCAUGAGCUAUUUAUUUGUAUAUGGAUACUAAUGUUUCGUUUUAGGUCAACAUUGAUUUCGAUAUUAUGUAUCCACAGAAAGGCAAUCUUCUACUUUCUAAAUGGGACCAAUUUAAGAAAAAAAUUUACAAUUAUUAUGGGAAAAAUAUUCAUAACGAACAUUGCAAACAACUCUUCGCAAAUGUUUUGACGGCAAGCA